CCAACAUUAGUUCUUCUUUCAUCAAAGAUUCCAAAAAUCAAUCAUAUCUUCUAACGCUUGGCGAAUAUGAAAGUUGCAAUUGUCGGUGCGACGGGCCAAACAGGCUCUGUCAUUGUGGAGGCUCUCUUGAAAUCAACGACAACCCACUUUGACGUUGCGGCCCUGACCAGACCCUCUUCCCUGCAGAAGCCGGCAGUGGUCGAGCUGAAAAGGAAGGGAGCGACAAUAGUCGCGGCCGACCUGAAUGGGCCCAAGGCCGCUCUGGUAGAGGUUCUGGCAGGAAUGGACGUGGUCAUCUCUACCAUCUACGGCGGCAGCGUGCUGGAUGAGAUUCCUCUGAUCAACGCUUGCAAGGACGCAGGUGUGAAGCGAUACUUGCCUUGCUUCUUCGCCACGGUGGCUGCCCCCAAGGGCGCACUUCUACUGAGAGACAUGAAAGAGGACGUGCUGAACCACAUUAAAAAAGUCCACCUUCCCUACACCGUCGUAGACGUUGGUUGGUGGUAUCAAGUCAACUUGCCGAAGCUCCCCUCGGGUCGCAUUGAUUACGCCGCUAUGGAGACAUCUGAUGGCAUUGCCGGAGAUGGCAACAUACCUUUUGCUUUGACGGAUCUACGAAAUAUCGGGAACUACGUUGCUCGAAUCAUUGCCGAUCCCCGGACCCUAAACCGAAUGGUUCUCGCGUAUAACGAGGUCUACACCCAAAACCAAGUCUAUGACUUGCUGGAAAAGCUCAGUGGGGAGAAGCUCGAGCGCAAAUACGUUCCUGCCGAGGCUAUUGCUGCCAGCAUAGCCGAGAUCGAGGCGACGCAGCCUGCUCCAGACUCUGUCGAGUUUGUGACGCUAGCUCAGUACCAAUACUGGUAUUCAUGUGGUGUUCGCGGAGACAAUACUCCUGAGUACGCGGCGUACUUAGGAUAUCUUAACACGCAUGAGCUGUAUUCAGAUUUUGAGUGGAUAAGAUUCGAGUCUUACGUGCAAGAAGUCCUGGAUGGGAAGGGGAAGAGGGUUUACGAGCACUUGAAGGAUUUGCCGACUGCCAGUACCGACAGGAAGGCUUCAGCAGUCACUUCAGAGUGAGCUUUGGUCUGGCCGGAGCUGCGCAACUGUGCGAAAUGUAGUGGCCGAUUUGAUAAUAGAGCCGUGAUCUCGCUUGCUCGAUAGGCACCCGCAGAUGCGGUUAAGCUAGCUCCGCAACGGCCGAUGCCGCUUAACUAAUAUAACUUCUGUCUGCUCCCUCAAGGUGAGCAAGUUGCCGGCACAAGAUCAAG